AUGCCAGAGAAUGGAAUUGGUUUGUUUCCAGAUGUUGGAUUUGCUUACAUAGCAGCACAAACUUCAGGAGAAGGAUCAAUUGGUGCUUAUCUUGGAAUCACAGGGAACAUAAUUUUAAAUCCAGCUGAUGCACUUUAUGUAGGUUUUGGGACACAUUUUGUCCCAUCUGGAAAUCUGGGCCCACUUAAGGUGACUCUCUUGUCAACUACAUUUUUUGAGGAUCCACAUGAUGAGAUUAAAGCAAUAUUAGGGAAGUAUAGUAGCAACCCUGAGUCAGAGUACAAAUUGAAGUCACUUUUACCUCAAAUAGUUUCAACAUUUUGUGCAAAUAAAUCUGUUAAAGAAAUUACAGAAGAGCUGGAAAAGUAUCAGGAGAAUACUGAUGCAUCAGUUUCACAGUGGGUAAAGGAUGCUAUUGUGGGGAUUAAGAAAGGAGCUCCAUUUUCUCUUUUCCUUACACAAAUGUAUUUCUCUAGAGUUGCAUCUGCAUGCAGAAACAGCCAACAUGAAUUAUCCACAUUAAAUGGUGUUAUGAAAACUGAAUAUCGCAUUGCUUUAAGGUUUUCUGUAAGAAGUGAUUUUGCUGAAGGGGUUAGGGCAGUAUUGGUGGAUAAGGAUCAGAAUCCCAAGUGGAAUCCUUCAAGUUUAGAUGAAGUUGAAGCAAGUGAAGUGGAAGCUCUGUUUGAACCAUUAGGCUCGGAGGUAGAUGAACUUAGUCUUUAG